GGAAGACAAACAUGCCAGUGCUGCACUCCCCCCUUAGCCUUUUUUCCCUAUCGGCUCGGUUCGGAAUAGUAUCCGUACCUCCUCCUUGCAUUACCAGACUUUCACUCCCUGGACAUUGGAGGUUGCAAAUGGGAUGAUUCUCGUUUGCGGUGCGUUGCUGGCCAUCCGUAUCCAUUCCAUUGUUUUUUUCCCGCAUCAUGUCCACUGACCGAAACUCGGCUCGGUCCGGCUCGAGCCCAGUGGGCAACAUGGCCGACAGCCAGCACCACCAGAGAGGUGCCAAGCGCCUGCGUCUCUCGGUCGCUUGCAACCGCUGCCGCGCUCGCAAGGUACGCUGUGACGCGAGCCUGCCCAAGUGUCGCAACUGCAUAACCCGGAACGAGGUAUGCGAGACUACCGACUUGCGGAACCCGGGAGGCCCCGCCCCGGCUGUCAGGCAGCUGGCACCGUCCAAGUCCGACCGAGUCUCGGGGUCGGGGCCUGAUGGUACCGCAGAUCAGGAAUCGGACUCGGAUCAGAACCUGAGAGUCACUGCUCCUCCUGACUCUAUUGUCCUUGCCCCUGCCGCCGAAUCUACAAGCCAGACAGCAACGGCCCCGCAUAUUUCCAAUCCAGUAGCGGCCAGCCUGGCUCCUGGUGCCAGGCCCAGAGCCACGAGCGGACGCGGUUCCAUAUCCCGUGUCCGCAAGACCAAACCUCCCCAGUCUACUGAACAGUCUGCUUCCAACGCGAACACUGUCUCUUGGUUACAAAGAGCAUACCAUGCCAACGCCACCGUAGAUAGCCCGCCCGAUGGAAGCAACGGCAAUACUGCCCCGGUCGCAGAUGGCCCUUCCCCGGACAUGGUUGUCAACACUGAUGGCACGCCGCACAAGGUCAAGUUCAUGGGCGGCAGCAGCCUUCAGUGUCUUUGCCGAUUUGUCGACCUCCACUUGACCAGGAGGGGGCUGAAUCCAGCCAGCACACAAUUCAAGCAUGGCAUGCAGCGCAGCGAGGAGUUCGAGCUGCCUAUAGACUCACCGUUGCCAAAUUUGCCACCUCCAGAAGAAUGUCAGAAGUACGUGGACGCCUUUUUCGAUCGACUGUGGCCAAUCUUCCCUGUGGUUGAUAGAAGUUAUGUGCAGAACUAUGUCGACAAAGCACAGGAUCUGAGGAUGCAGUUUCCCGGAGACAGGCUAGGUGAACAUGCCACGACCAAAAGGGCACCCCAGCUCGCCAUUGGAUAUGCAAUCAUCGGCAUCGGUGCCGAUGAGAUCAACGAUACAAGCUCAGAAACCGGCAACAAAUAUCUGACUGCUGCAUAUUGGUUGUACGCCCACCUGAUAGCGAACCCUCACCUGGAGAGCGUGCAGGCAAUGUUUCUCAUCGCUCUCGCCUUGCGUGGUCAGAAUCGCGAUGGGCAGGCCUGGCACAUCAUUGGCCAUACCAUCCGGACCGCCCACUCCAUCGGUCUGCAUCAACACAUCACCGACUUCCCCACGUCUCAAGGGAGUCAGGAAACUGAUGCCAGCAGCGUCAGGUCACUCAGAAGAAGGGUGUGGUGGUCCUGCUAUGCCUUGGAAAAGCUCAUGCAGCUGGAAUCUGGCCGCCCAUCCGUCAUCAGUAGCGAUCUGGACGACAUUGACCAACGCCAGGCUAGCUCCUCCAGCAGGAACAGCGUGUACGCCGAGUCUACACAUGGUGGUAACGUCGGUAACCAGGAUCAUUUUACGGCUUGGGUGGCCCUUGCGCAGAUAAUCGGUAGGAUAUCUCAUCACAUAUACUGCCGCAAAUCUGUGAGUUCGUGGCAUCUCCUCAGUGAGACAGCCCGUCUGGAUCAAGCGCUGGUCGACUGGGAGCGCUCACUGCCAGAUAGCCUGAGACUGUCCAACAUCAGCGGCAGCGAGUCGUUUUUAGGUCAUCAUGAUCCCAUGCGUCAACACCUCUCUGGAUUCAUUUGGCAACAGUUUUGUCACGCACAAAUCGCCCUUUUUCGCGCAGCACUCGUCUUUCCCCCGACUAGCUUCGAACAGGAGGUCACCAAACACGGCGACAGCCUCCCUUCGACCGCUCGCCUCCUCAACAGCGCCAACCUCUGCGCCGACGCCGCCCGCAAAGCCAUCACCACGAUCAUGUAUCUGGCCGACCACGGCAUCCACUCUAUCCUCCUCGGCCCCAACCCACCUUACCUCGGCGCCAUCGUCCUGGCCUUGUGCAUCCUCCGUCAGCCAACGCGGCGGCUGGCGAGGGCCGACCUGGAGCUGCUGAGGUCGGCGACCCUCUACGUCGAGGACGUGUAUGCGGCUUGGGACUAUAGCGAGGAGUUCAUCCGCGGCUGCGCGUUGCUGAGGGAGCGUGUGCAGACCGUGUUGGAUCAGCUGCCCGAGUCUCCAUCAGCCGGCAACCGGCGGCCGAGCAUGACAACACGCCAAGGUCCAGUCACAGAAGAGCCUGCGAUUACUCGCUCAGCUUCAAUGCUGCAGAGCGAAGGUGACGGGUCUGCGAAUACGAGGAGCAACUUGAACGGCUGUAAUUUAGAGCAGUCACAGUCAGAUGGUAGAGAGGCGGCUGCAACUAACGGCUACCAGUACGGGUUCAACGAUGAGCUUCAUGAUCACCAUCGUCAAGACCAAGUGCUGCUGGAUCCCUUGCUACAGCCGUUUGAGGGAAUACAGUUUGAGGAUAUCUGGGCCAUGGUGGGAUCGGACUUUAUGGUUGACCAUGACCAUCUAGUGUUUGCGCCGAUGUAGGAAGAAUCCGGUCAUAAUUGGGGGCUUACAAUAUAAUACCAGGGGUUCAUCAUUUCAACUUUGAUCAUCCUAUCUAGACGAGUCUCGAUACUGAGUAGUAGUGGAUUCGACACCAGAGAGGACAUUGUUCAACAAACGUGCAUAUAAAAUGGAGACUAUCGGAACAUACAGCGAUAGGCGUAAACCGAAAUCCUUGCAAUCAUCAAGGACUCAAGGUUAUUAUCAUGUGCAUAAUGAUGUUAGAUGGCAAUACAGGUUGCUAGCCUGGCCGGGAAAGCAGCUCGCGCAACUUAGUG